AUGUCUUUAUCCUUUUAUUUUAUUCUUUUUCUCUUUUCCUUUUUCUUUCUUUCUUGUUUUUCAUAUCUUGCUUUUCUCUGUGACAUUUAUUUUUCCCCUUUCUUUUAUUCUUCUCUCAUUUUUUAUUAUUCUUAUGUUUUCCUUCGUCUUCAGUUACUCUUCUUCUUUUUUCUCAGCGCUUCCUUUUAUUCUUUAGUUUUCAUUUCUUUCUCAUUUUUCACUUCCGCCUCUUCCUAUUACCUUUUUCUUUAUUCUUUCACUUUGUUAUUUUUAUUUUUGUUCUCUUGUUUCUGGGUUUUCCAUUUUCUUUUCAUUUUUCAUUAUUUGUUCAUUUCUUUCUCCUUCCUUACCUUCUGUUGUUUUUUUUUCUAUCCUCUUUCGUUUUCCUAUUCUUCUAUUUGUUUCCCUUUUUUUUUUCGUUUUCAUUAUUCCUCACUUCAUCGUCUUUUUUAUGCUCUUUCUUUUUUCGUUUUCUUUUCUUUAUUUUUCAUUUCUCCCUCAUUCUUCACUUCCGCCUUUAUUCUGUGCUUUUUUUUCUUUUUCAUCUUUGUUAUUAUUCUUGAUUUUUGUUAUUACCAUUUUUCUUAUUCCUCACUUCUGCCUCCUUUUUUUAUGUUCUUUCUUUUUUUUCUUUUGUUUUAUUCUUUUCUUUUUUUCUUUAUUUUUCAUUUCUUCCUUAUUGUACAUUUUCUCGCCUUUCUUCUGCACUUUUCCUUUUUUUUCAUUAUUUUUAUUUUUUCUUAUUCUUCAUUUCCCCCACCACAUUUCUUCCUUUUAUUCUUUUUCUUUUUCUUUAAUUAUCUUUUUCUUUUCUCAUUCUUCUUUUACUCUGCCACACUUCUGGACUCGUUCAUCUCUCUUUCUCUUUAUCGUUUUUAUUUCUUUUUAAAGCUUUUCUUGCUCCUAUUUCUUCUGUAUUCUUUUUCAUUUCCUCUUUACUGA